AUGGCCAGGGUCUUCACGCCGGACAAGCCAGUGCCUCAGCGGCCAAAGAGCGGGCCGCAGUCCUUCGGCAUCGAGCUGCAGCAGCCAAAGUGGGUCGUCAAAAACAUGCACCGCUUCCGAGAGGAUCCGCAGCAGGCCGAACACGGCGUCGCAGCGCUGCUGCACAUGGCAGAGACGACGCUGCCAGAGGACGUCGACGCGGUACUGGAGGCGAACGGAGCCGAGGCCAUCGUCGCGGCAAUGCAGUGGCAUCCAGAAACCCAGACUCUCCAGUCGCUCGCUACAAAAACACUCGCAGCGCUGGCCGCACACAGCGCCGCGGCGCGACGGAGGGUACUGGAGGCGGGUGCUAGUGAAGCCUGGCUCGAGAAGUCGCCCGCGUAG